UGCGGUUGAACAUUGUGCUGCAGCACUGCUAGCCCGAGUAAAAACUACAUUAGAUGCAGUAGACUAGCUGGCUAGUAUUGUUGAGAGGAAAUAUGGGUGAAGUUAUGUUACAAGUUAACUGGUAUCAGACUCUUCCCCAGGUCGCAAGCCCAUAAGCAUGUCCACAGAUGACAGUAUCUCUGAGGAUGUUUCAAGCCUGAGCCACUGCCAUGCCGAUGCCAACGGGGAAGGGGGCAAGGAGAGUGAGUCCUCAGAGGGCACCUCAGCAGCCUCGGGUCUGGGGCUUGGGUUGGGGCUAGCUGGGCCGGAGGAAUGCAAGAUCACCUCCAAGACUGCAGGGGGCGCUGUGGAUGGGAGAGCUUAUGACAUGACCCCAGUAUGCAGCCUCCCCCAGAAGAUCAGGAGUCUGUGUCUCAGUACGGAGGAGGCCUUUGGGUCUGGGAAGUGUCUUCCCUUCAUCAACCCCUCCUCCCUGGAGACCCUCAGGGCCCUGGUCCAGGAGAUACAGAGUAGUGGGGAGACUGACCCGGAGAUGUGGAAGGACUGUGAGGGCCGAUGGCUGCAUCUGUUUCAGCUAGUAGAGAAACAAUACCAAGAGCAGAUCUUGGCUCAGCAAGAACAGUACCAGUGCCAAAUACAGCUGAUUCAGGAUGAGAUCAAAGCCUUAGUUCAGCUCCAGAACCGCCAGACCAGCACACAGACGCACCACGAUUACUCAUAUACCCCUACUGCUACCACCAACACACAGACACAUCACGAUUACGCAUCUACUCUGUCUACUGUCACACAGACACACCCAGACUACACCUCUUCCCCUCUUGUUACUACCAAGGACUACCCUUCACCCCCCACUUCCAACACCAACCACCCCUCAACCUGCACGGACCUUCCCAAUGGGAACUCGCCCCUCUCUGCUCCCCUCACCUCCCUCUUUGUCCCCCAACCCAUUUUGAGCUCCACCUCCCCUCAACCCCCACCCCCCCGGCCAGGGCCGGUCACCCCAGGAGAGAGGUGUGCUGAUGGGGCAGGGACGGUGCUAUGCAGUGGGUACGGGACCCUGUCGGCCUGGGGCACAGGGCUGGAGGGGACAGUGACUCCGGGGGGAGCAGAGGAGACAGGCCAGGUGGAAGAGGAGCCUAGCUGGUCCCUUCACCUCCAGGACAACACAGAGAUCACUCUGAUUGGCCAGGAGGGUCAACAGAGGAGCGCCUCUGCCAAUGAGGUGACUCCUAGAGCCAAUCCUAGUCCACCACCUGAGCAGCAGAGAACCUCCAGCCAACCGCUGACGUCCUGGGCUCAAAGACACAGAUGCAGCAAACCCAAGAAGAGCAGGGCAGGGCAGGCCCAACAUCCCCAGGCCUCCCCCUCACCCCUUCAGGCCCCGUACCUGGGCCAGAGCGACCCUCAGACCUCUCCCCCCCAGGAGCAGCAGCCCGGCUCCAGGAAGAGCCCCAGAGACAGCCCCCUGGACAACACUGACCUCCAGGACCAGCAUGGGUGGGCUGCUCCCUCCACCAACUCCUUCCCUCUGAGGAGGAGUGACAGCCUCAUGUCUGAGGUCUCAGGUCUGACAUACUGGCGUCUGGAUGAGAGUGAGCUCUACUGCCCUCUACCUGACAGCUUUGACAGUGGAGCUUACCUCCUGCUGCAGGAGGCCUCUAUCAGUCUGACCUCUCCAGAGGAACAGAAGCUGUCUCUCAGAGAGAUCUACCACAACAAGCAGAGAACUGAGACCAAACGCACCGACUGGGACCUCUCUCGCACAUGCAGCCCCACAUCACCACAGGUGUUAACUCUAGAUCACACUGUUCACCUCCGUCAGUCAGACCAGACCUCCGGCUUCACCUCGCCAUCCCACUUCAGCAGCCCGUCGUACCCCACCCUGCCACACGUCUACCCCCGCGUUGGCACCCCCUGUACCCCAGUUAGCCCAGACAGCAUGGCCGAGGGCAGUGCCAACCCCGGGGACACAGACUGCCCCUCCAAUGCCUCUAGCCUCUCUGCCACCGCACCUACCCCAGCCAGGGUAGCCUCUGCUUGGAUAAAAAUGGCCCCAUCAUCCCUUUCUACUUCCAAGCCCCUGGUGUUCCCCAGCAGCCAGCAGCGCAAGACCUUGACCACUCAGGCCAGCGAGGACGAGGGGAGCCACACACACACCAGCAACCUGACGAAACUGGCUGUGUCUGGGAAGCACACGCACUCCCACACACUCUCCCGGGGAAACCCUCGUAUGGAGAAAGCGGCAUCGCUGGAAGACCCUGUGGUCGUCUCUCUGCUGAGAGAAAAUCUGAGGGAGAAACACUGUCGUCAUGUAGCUGAUCUGAAGGCUUACUAUGAGGCGGAAAUCAAACUCCUCAGAGACAAACUGGACCUGAGAGACCUGCCACACGACCUAGAGCAGAGCAACCACACACUCAGACAGAGGUGUGCUCAGCUAGAGAGGGCUCUGUCUGAAGCCAGCAGCCGUAUCCAGGAGCUGGAGAACAAGAACUCCAUCCUGGAAAAACAACUGGCUGACUGGCCGGAGCGCUACGACACAGCCUGCUCCACGGCAACGUCCCUGCAGCAGCGAUUGGACGAAAACAGGCGGUCAGUCAGGGAGAAGGACGCCUCAGCUGGCCGCCUCAGGACCCGGGUCCGGCAGCUAGAGGAGGCCUUGGAGAAUGCCUGCAGAGAAACAGAAGAGAAGGAGGCCAGGAGGGAGAGGGAGUACAAGAUGCUGCAGGACCUUCUGGGGGAGUAUGACUCUCUGAGGAAAGAGCACGAGGGGGUGAAGGACAACCUGAUGUCUUCAGAGAACAAGCUGUUUGAUGCCAACGAGCAGAUCUCUAGACUAAAAAGGGUGAUCUGUAAGAUGGAGAGCCAGGUGAAUCAACUGGAUUAUGUGAACCAGGCCAGGAGUCGCCAGGCCGUCCAGAACCACACACAGUCCUCUGGAGCUGGUCUGUACCACCAUCCGGACCUGCUGCUGUCCCCCAGCAAACACCCUCGGCAACAAGAAUCCACAUAUAGGAUAUCUCCUUGCCCUCAAACUGACCAAUCACAUAGCACCAGGAAGUCUCCUCGUCCUCAAACUGACCAAUCGCAGAGUUACAGGAUGUCUCCUUGCCCUCAAACUGACCAAUUGGGCAGCUACAGGAAGUCUCCCUGUCCUCAAACUGACCAAUCAGGCAACUCGUGCCACACUGGCAGCAGGAGGUGUUCGUCCCCUCCAGAGAGUGAGCAGCCCCAGAACCAGGGUGGGGGUGUGAGGGAGGCUCGGGGGCCUCUGACCCCACUGAUGAGGGCCCUGAUAGAGCUUGAGGAGACCAGGACCACUGAGGGCCGGGCCCCCUGGUUGGGCAGCCGGAGGCCUACUGUUGGCUUCAUAGAGAGAAACCACAGAGAACCACAAACACAGGACCUUGACAGGGCUAUGGAGGAUGUGGCUGGCCUAGAGACGGGAAUGUCCGGGACAGUCAGGGGUGUGUCUCUGCUGAGAGCCCAGAGAAGUCUGUCUCCAGAAGGCAACAGGUCCUCCUCUCUGCCCCCCCGCACCCAGAGGACCACCUUCCCCCCUACUACACCCACUAAGAGGGAGACCCUAAUGAUGCCUCUGUCAGCUAAGUCCAGCCCCAAACGCUGUCCUGCAGAGAACUACUCCACUGCCUUUGGCAACCCACCACCACAGCUACACAACAGGUUUGACGUGGCGUUAGACCAGAGACGCCACUCCUUCCACAACUCCAGCCCCAGGAAGAGACUGUUCCCAGAAGCCUCCCAGCGGUCGUCUGGUGGCUCAGUGGAGUCCUCAGGCAGUGUUGACCCCCAGGAGGGUGUCUUUGGGCUGGGCUGGCAGGAGCAAGGGACUGGGGGGUCAUGCUCAGACCUCCAGGACUCAGGGACAGACCUCCAGACCAGGCUCCACUCCCUGGCCGACGCUGAGAGGAUGUUAGACGAGCUCACUAUGGAGAAACAACAGAUUGAGUCAGCGUUGAGCCGGAUGCCUGGAUCUGGUGGGAGGGUGAGCUUGCAGACCAGGUUAGAUGAGGUGGCCUUAGAGAACCGUCUAGAGAGCGUAAACCGUGACCUGGGUUCCAUCCGCAUGACCCUGAAGAGGUUCCACGUUCUACGCUCCUCUGCCAACAUAUAGCAAUGUUUUUAUUAGAUGACGUCAUAGGUAGGGCCUAGAGUUUUUCUGGUCAGUUUGCAUGGUCAGGAAAUACUCCUAGUCCUAGCUAUAGAUGACUAGAUAUCAACUCUGUGUCCUAGUUAUAGAACUAGUUCUAGUUUUCUGUGCUGUAGAUUGAUACAGAGCCCAUAUUGUCCUCUCUUAACUCUCUCUCUGUAUCAUGACCCACAGUCUUUUCUACACAUAACUCGGGGAUAUUUUUCUAUAUGUUUGGAAGAUCUCACUAUUUGUGGAGUAUAUUUUUUUGAAAUGUGCAGAUUUGUAAAGUCGUUUACUUUUUUUAUUUUAUUUUAUGUUUAAAAAAAUACAAAUAUUAUAUGCUUUACUUGCCAUAUUCAGGUCAAUUAUGUCGAUUUUUCAAUAUGGAGGAACCUCCUAAUAUCCAGCAGAGACAUGUACCCAUCUGGAAUGUAUCACUGCCACCUCUGUCUACAUUUUUAUGCAUUGUUUUAAAAUGUUUUAUUCAUCGUACACCGCAUACAAUUGUAUUUAUUACAUUGCAUUUUUAUGUGUUCAUUACAAUGGUGCGUUUAAAAAAAAUAAUAAUAAUAAUAAUCUUUAUAGCCUACAAUGUUCAAUUCUACAAUUUUUUUGUAUGACCAAGCUAGUAUUAUAUUCUUCAGUUUCAUCAUUACUUGAUCCUUUACAAAAACCUUGUACUGUAGCACAUUUUUAAUUGCUUUCCUUUUUCCAUUUUUAUAUAUAUAUUUUUUUUUAUCUCCUUUGAACAUUCCAUUUGUUUUGUGUUAAUUCCAUGUUGUGAAGGGAGGGAUUUCACCAGUACCUAACCACCCUCUCCUCUCUGUAUACUAUGGAUCUCAUGCAAAAACCAAACCAGCACACAUUUGAAAUAAUAAACACACACACUGCUUGUUGUAAUGCAUGGUAGUUGCACUGUUUCAGUUUCUUUGGUCAAGUUGUGUUUUAUUAACAAUUUUUGCAGUUUGCAAUGACUUGAAAUUAACCUCACUGGAACAAAAAAUGUACUGUUUGCGCACAAUAAAUAAUGCUUACAUUAUUACAA